GUCCCGCCCUGCCACCCGUAGGAAACACACACUGCUCAGCUUUUCUUUAGUGUUUGUGUGUGUGUGUGUGUGUGUGUGAGUUCAUAAUAUUCAUCUGCUGUGGGAACAGAGGGAGGGACGGACAGAAACCUCGGUUGGCGACAGAAACCAAUCAGAGCGACAUAUUACCGAAGCCAUCGAUCGGGAUUUAUUUAUCUGACGGAAACCGCCAUCAGUCUGUCAAACAAUAACCUUCAGAAACCCCAGAAAAACAUUAAGCGCCGACGACAUGGCUGAUUUUAGUAUUGAUCAGAACAACCUGCCUGGCGUAAAAGAGGUGUGCCGGGACUUUGCCGUGCUAGAAGACCACUGUCUGGCCCACAAUCUUCAGGAGCAGGAAAUCGAGAGCCACCUGGCCUCGAACGUCCACAAGAGCCGUCUGGUGCAGCAGGACCUGCAGGUGGCCAAACGUCUGCAGGAGGAAGAGGACCUGCGGGCCAAAGCCGAGAGCCAGAGACAGCAUCGUCGCAUGGAACGCAUCGACAUUGAAAUGGCUCAGGAGAUUCAAGAACAACUAGUCCGGCAGGCUGAACAACAGAGGCAGCAGGAAGAGAAAGAUGAGGCCAUCGCCCGUAAGCUGCAGGAGCGGGAGAUGAAAGAAGAGAGAAAACGGCAAAAGCAGUUGGAAGCAAACUUUGAAGAGGAGUACUACGAAGACAAAGCCUCCAGGAAUCUCCCGCACGAUCCAGACUUGCAAGAGCCGAAUCCCCAUUCCAUUUCUCCAGGUUACAGAAAAGAGAAGCAUCACAACUACAAUCAGAUUCUUUCCCCAUACCACUCUCCUGAGCCAGACAGAAAAAGAUUACCCAAUACCCAUAGUCAUCCAGAAUUUGAGCCCGUUGAACUUGGCCGAUCUAAGCAUUCAGAGGUUCCAAGCAAGGGAAGGAUCCUUGAGUACUACUCACCUGAGCGACGACCGAAGUACCCGGAAAAUUACUCGAAAGAGAGAAACAGACCUCUUGAUCUUGAUUACACAGAACCUCGUAGAAAAAAGAAGCAAGAUCAAUGGGGCGACCUAGAGCCUGUGGUGCGGCGGAAGGAGAAACCUCCCAGGGAUUACUCUGCUGGCCAGGACAGGGUUUGGGACAAGGAGAGAAUCAGGGAUCGAGAACGAGAAAGGGAUGGACAGAGAUCCAAGGACAGGCCAAGAGAUCGAAACCGGACAAGAAGUCAAGAAAGACUGUUUAGCGAAGAUGUCAAGCAUGUUGACAGGGGUAGAAACAUUGACAGGGAGAUGGACAGAAAUGGCUAUGGACACAGUAGCAGAGAUAGACAAAGAGAACGAGGCAGAGAUGGGAAUAGAGUGAGGCACAAAAGCAGAGAGCAAGAACUGGACAAUUACAGUCCCACCCCAACUAGAGGAUUGUCAGAAGACAGUCUGGAGUGGGUGGAUCUCAAGAGCAGGCCGAGGCUCCCCUCAGGCCCUAAUGAGGUGUUUGAGGAGCCCACUCUCAGAGGCCCAUCAAAUAAGGGCCGGUCUCCUGGCCAUUCCCCCAGAGAGAGAGACCGGAAGGUUCGAGGAGAGUAUGGCAUGAAGGAAGCAACGCACGGAUUGGCCCACUUAGACCUACAAGACCAGGAGCUCAAAGACAUGGAGGUGGCACGCAAGCUACAAGAAGAAGAGAUUAAGGCGAUUCAAAUGGACAAACGAGCUGCUCAAGUUGCUCAAGAUGAGGAAUUAGCCCGACGGCUAUUGGAGGAAGAGAAAAGGGAGUAUAAGAGAUCAAAAGAGAAAGAGAAGCAAGUGAUAGAGAGAAGACGACCUGAGUUGGAAUACAAGCCAGUGCAAGAAGAUGUAGUACGACCACGAAUGCGAGAAGAGGUGCGUAGCAGAGAAGACGAGUACCAGAGAGCACGGAACCACAAACCUGUGAGGCCUCCCCCUCCUACACAGCACUACGAGAACAUAAACCCUAGCUAUGCUUAUGUGGAGAGCCCAUACUCCCCUCGCCCUCCAUCAAGACCAGAGGCGGCGUACAAAGGUGCCUACUAUAGACAGUGACCAUAAGCCUCCACUGCUGUCCCAUCAUGAGUCCGUUCGGCCCUUUACUUUGUGAAUCAAUAGAGGAAGUUAUUCUGAAACUACUUUGAGUUCAUGAGGCUUUCGGCAGAAGCUACUGACACUUUAAUUUUAUUUUUCCUCCAAGUUUCUCGGCUCAUCACAUCAGAUGAGCCAUUGUCGUCUCUUCGUGUUGUGAAUGAGUCUUUUACCCUGGAGUUAUCAACUACUGGGCGACAGGGGUGGUUCCUGUUUGCUUCUCAUGUUCUUGUCUCAUUGUGGAUGACUGGACAGGAAGGGAUCUACUGCACAGCUCUUUUGAAUAUCCCUUUUCUUUUCAUCCCUCUUGGCAUCUAUAUUCAAGCCUGGUCUUGAUUCCAUGCUGCAUUGCCAAUCAGGAUAGAGCAGAAAGUUUUUUUUUUUUUUUUUUUUUUAAAUUUAAUUUAAUGGAAAACACAUGCUUGAAUUGUGCUAUAUAUUUAUUGAUUUAUUUUGAGAGGAUAUAUUUUAUUUUUUAAUUCAUAUUAUAUUGUUUUACCCUUUCACUGAUCUAUCCGAAGAGACUGUUAGCAUAAACCGAAGUGAUCAAAUUUCUGGAGAACAAUUUAAUGCAAAAUUCCAGCCCUGCUCUAACACAUCUCCACAUCUUGAUAAGCAGGUUCAGUCUUCAAACCAAUCAAAUAUCAAGGUGAGGUUGUCAGUUCUUCUUCAUUUGCCCUCCAUAUCAUUUGAGAGAGACUCGUCACGCACACUGUCGGCUCACGUACAGCUAGGGUUCGAGACGCUCAGCCUUCGGGUGCCUUUGUUAUAAUGAUAUUUCCUGCAGUGUCCAUAGCGAUUAUCUCAUCUACUUUGUAGAUGCUGCUAAUAUGCUCCAAUGUUCAAAUGCAUGCUGGCUGAAUGUGAACUCUAUGGGGUCUAUAUGAAUCUUGUCGUCCGGAAACAAAAAAAAAAAAUACAAAAAAAAAAGGGCAAAAAAACAUCUCAUUUUUUAAUUUUUAUAUAUUUUUAUUUAUAAUUCAAUAAAAAUCCAAAACACAAGUUUUAAGGCAUGUUGGUAGCAUUGCUGUUGGCACAGAUAUAAACAGUUUUCUUGCUUGCAUCAUCAUGUGCAAUUCAUGUUAAUAUCUCAGUGUUCAGAUUUACAGUGCUUUGCAUUUGGUGGCAAACUUACUUUAAGCAGGGAUAUAAAAACUGACCAGCAAACAGAUCAAAGCAGCAAACAAGUGUGACUAUGGCAACGUUUAUCUGGCACUUUCCACAAAUAGCGUAUGAAAUGGGGCUUGAAACUCUUGAAAAAAUGUUUUGUUUGUUUUAUCAAUGAAAAGAUGAACCUCUAGUAGUUGUUUUGCUUUGCUGAAAAACAAGUAAAAAAAACAAAGCAAAACAAAACUACUGGAGGUUCAUCUUUUCAUUGAUCCUUUGCUGAAAAACAAACAAAUAAAAAUCAAAGGAUCAAUGAAAAGAUGAACCUUCAGAAGUUUUGUUGUGCUUUGGUUUUUGUUUUACUUGGGUUUUUGUUUGGUUUUGUUUGGCAGUUUAAGCAAACAUGUCACCACAGUUCAGGACUUGUCUAAAAAAAAAAAAGUUUUUUAUUUUUUUUUAUAAAUGUUACUCAUUUUUAGCAAUUGUUUAUUUCUAGCAAAGAAAGAGGAAAAAUGACAAACUGAUUAAAUUACAUCAGGGGUGUCCAAACUUGGUCCUGGAGGGCCACUGUCCUGCAGGGUUUAGCUCCAACUUGCCUCAACACACCUGCCUGGAAGUUUCUAGUAUGCCUAGUAAGACCUUGAUUAACUGGUUCAGGUGUGUUUAAUUGGGGUUGGAGCUGAACUUUGCAGGACAGUGGCCCUCCAGGAGCAGGGUUGGACACCCCUGAUAAAAAAUCAGUUUAUGUAUAUUUAUUUUAUUUUUUUUAGUCAGUCAUCCAAAAAUCAUGUACAUCCAAAAUCAUUAAAUAAACAACAACAGAGACAAAAACAAAACACACAACUCUCAAACUGAAUUAAAUACCACAGAAUAAAAGUAUGUUUUAAGACUAGAUUUAAAAGCAGAGAGUGUUUGGACCAGUCUCACUUACAAUGGUAAAUUAUUCCUCAGUUUUGGGCCAGCAACUGCAAAGGCCCUAUCUCCCCUAUGCUUCAGCCUUGUUCUAGGUACAGCCAGGAGCAUGUAGUCCGCCAACCUAAGGGACCUCGAUGGGACAUGGUUGUAUGUGGUAAAAAAGGUAGAUCUAAACUAUGAAUAUACAUUAACUGGUAACCGUGUUGCAAGUUUAGCCUAAAUCAUUCAGUUAGAGCUGGCUAGUUUGGGACCAAAUGUUGCAUUUUUGGUCAUUAAAAUAGGUUUAACAGUAUUAUGAUGUUGUGUGAUAUCAUACAAAAUAAUACUAGUGUAAAAUACUUAAGCAAAUCUAAUAGCUCUUUGUUAAGAACAUUAGAUUUGUGCAUAUAUUUCAGAGAAAAAGACCAAUUUUUUUACCCUAUUCAUGGAAAGUGCCGUAUGCACAUCACUUUAUCAGGGCAUUUAUUUCUUACUGAUCAGUUAUUGCUUACAUUCCAUAUUCCUGUCAAAAUGUGUUCUAAAGGGAUUAUAUUCUGCUUCGCUUUUGAGAAUAUGAUUGUGCGGGCUACAUGUAGCAUCCUGUACAGAUACAACUUAAGACAGCAGCUACUUUUGUAUCGCAUUAGUGCCUCUUUAAGACCAGUGUUCGAUCGCUAGUGCUGAACGCUCUCAUGUUAAUAUCUUGAAAAUGACAAUAUGCUAGUUUGUGUUGGUGCAUUCCAAUGAAAGGCAUGGCCUGAAAUGUGUCCAAUAAACUUUUAGGGAAAAUAUCUUAUGUUGCCAUCCAUGCGGCUAUAGGCUUACAAGGUGAUUAAGAACAUUUUCUGUAAAUUGUAUUACUGAAUCAGUUUUGAAUCACUUUAUGUGUGUGUGUUUUAGUGAUGAAUGUGCAUAUAUAUCUCUCUCUCUUUCAGUGCUGUCAAUCUAGCGCAUAUCACAGUGCGCUGUAGUAUUUGAAAAGAACAUUUUAUGUUAGAAUUCUGAUACUAAUUGGCUGGAUUGGCCUGUGCCAAAUGUUCAACAUUCAGGGAUUUAAAAAAGUAUUGCUGUAAAACUGAUAAUAUCCAAUGGUCAUCUGUUUGUUCUGAGGGGAAAAACUUCUGGUUUACAAGAGUUGUGCAAACUGAACUUUUCACACCUGUUAUGCCAUUGUAAAUGUACGUGUAUGUGUGAGACUGAGUGACAGACUUUAGAAUUUUUCACUCAAUGGAGAUGAAAUUCAUGCCAGUUUCUUUUACAAUCAGCUGGUGCUGGAAACGUUUUGUGACCGGCGAAAGUGUUUGUAUCUUGCACAUUCUCAUAGCUUCCACUGGCCAACUGUAAAUACCAAAUAAAUUACUUUUAAAGGGUA